AUGUCUAUCGCUUCUCUACUUCGCGGGCAGAUCGCCGACAUCGACAGCCGGUUGCCUGCUCUCCGUCAACAAUUCGCCGAUCUGGAGGCCCGGCAGGCCCAGCUCGUUGCGCAGCUCAGCGAGAUCAAGUAUCCCGUCCUCACGCUCCCGCACGAUGUCACGCUCUGCAUCUGGUCGUUCGUUAUGGAGCCAUGGAACCCUGUCUACGAAUACUCCGAGUCUGAGUAUGUACCAGCACAGCCGGCCCCCGUGCUUGCAAGUGUGUGCCGCGUGUGGCGACAGCUUGCCCUGUCAACGACGGAGUUGUGGAGCACGCUAAUAGUCUCGUGGCGGCAUACUGGAUCUAGGCGCACCAUCUCGCUGGUUUCACUCCUUUUGAAGCGCGCCGGGAGCAUCCGGCCGCUCGACGUUGACUUCCGGUCCAUUCGCAGGCACAAGCACAUCCAGAAGGCCCUCAAUACACUGAAGCCUGUAGAAAGCAGACUGCAACGUCUGUGCAUAUCCCACGACGAAGAGGAGUUUCAUUCACCGUUCUUGUACCCGCAUGAUCUUCCUCAAACGCUGCCCGCGCUCCAAGUCCUCGACCUGGGGUCUUUCCGCCUAUCCACCUUCUAUGACAUCAAUGAAAUCGAGACUCCUCUUGCGCGGUCCACACCCAGACUCUCUUACUUGCGCGUGGAAUCUGCUCACACUGCGCUGCGCCUCGGCUUCCAGUCAUCGCUCAGCAAUCUUGUCACGCUUGUGCUCGCCCGCGCGCAGUCAGCGGAGACUGCCGAAAUGCUCAGCGCAGCCCCGCGGCUGGAGACGCUUCAUCUCGGGGAGUGCGGGUUUGAGGACGCCGAGUCGGAGUUCCCCAGCCCUGGCGCCUCUCGACGGCGAGGCGAUCUAUAUCUGGCCUGUUGA